AGGGGGGCUAGGAGGGUCAGCUGGUCACCAGCUGUGUCGUGUCCGAAGUUCCGUCCAGUGUUUAGUUCUGGACUCUCGCUCUUCUCUCCACCACUUUCUGUUCUAAUCAAAUGCUGGAGAAGACCGUCUGGCUUUGAAACUCGACACCUGCACUGAGGCGUUGGUCACCAUAAUCUUCUUCCUCCUCCUCCUCCACUUCUCUUUAAAUGCUGAGUGUGGCAAACAGCCCGAGUCUGUCAGGAGGAGCCUCUUUCAGCCUUCAGAAGUGCAGAGGGGGGAGUAGACCCAUUCACCUCGCCCGCAGCGCUCGUGUCGAUGGGCUUUUCUGAUGCUGGAUCUUACAGAAUCGCUGUGUGGGCUGCUUUUUUCUCUUUUUCUUGAAGAUUUAAGAGCAAGGGCUGGAGGAAGUUUGAGCAGCACUAACUGCGACAUAAUUAUUCGACGCACACCUCCGUUGUUUUUUUUUUAAUGACUUGAACAUUGUGGGCUUUUAAAGAGAUUUGCUGGGCUUGGCCUUUGGCAGUAUUACACUUUGAUGCACAGAUUCGUAAAAACUCUUUUAAAAUACUACAAGCAUCUUACAUGCUAUAGGACCAAGAUCCGAUGGAUUUCUAUGAAACCCACCCUACUGGAAAAAUGGAUUUCUCCAGCAAAAGGCCCGUGUUGGUCCUCCAGAAUGAAUCUCACUACUCCCAAAGGCGUCCAUACACCAGUGAAGAUGAAGCCUGGAAGUCCUUCCUUGAAAAUCCCCUUACAGCAGCUACCAAAGCCAUGAUGAGCAUCAAUGGCGAUGAAGACAGUGCAGCUGCCCUGGGAUUGCUGUAUGACUAUUACAAGGUUCCCAGAGAAAGAAGGACUUCAGCAGCAAAACCAGAUGUAGAUAACCCUGACCAAGACCAUGGCAAAAGGAACAGCAUCCCAACAGACCAGUCACUCAUUUCUGCUGGAGACAACAGAGUGCAGGUUCUGAAAAAUGUGCCUUUCAAUAUUGUUCUUCCACAUGCCACCCCAAUGGCCAUGGACAAGAGAAGCCACCUGACAACCCCCGACACCACUGUCACUGUUUCCAUUGCCACAAUGCCCACUCAUUCCAUUAAAACAGAAACGCAGCCUCAUGGCUUCACUGUGGGCAUCCCUCCCGCUGUCUACCACCCUGAGCCCCCCGACCGGGUUGUGGUUUUCGACCGAAAUCUCACCCCUGAUCAGUUCAGUUCCAGUGCUCAGGCUCAGCACUCCCAGAGGCGCACACCAGACUCCACCUUCUCAGAGACCUUCAAAGAAGGCGUGCAGGAGGUUUUCUAUCCUACUGAACUAAAUCUACGGAUGGCCAGCAUGAGUUCAGAGGACUAUGUUUUUGACAACAUUGCUGGGAAUAACUUUGAAUACACCCUAGAAGCUUCCAAGUCACUUCGUCAGAAGCCAGGAGACAGCACAAUGACAUACCUGAACAAGGGUCAGUUUUAUCCAAUCACCCUUAAAGAAGUCAGCAGCAGUGAGGGAGUCCACCACCCCAUCAGCAAAGUCAGAAGCGUCAUCUUGGUUGUGUUUGCUGAAGACAAAACAAGAGAAGAUCAGAUAAGGCAUUGGAAGUAUUGGCACUCAAGGCAGCAUACAGCCAAACAAAGGUGCAUUGACAUUGCUGACUAUAAAGAAAGUUUCAACACAAUCAGUAACAUUGAAGAGCUUGCGUACAAUGCCAUAUCCUUCACUUGGGACAUUAAUGACGAAGCAAAGGUUUUUAUUUCUGUUAAUUGCCUCAGCACAGAUUUCUCCUCUCAAAAAGGAGUAAAAGGGCUGCCAUUGUACCUUCAGAUUGAUACCUACAGCUACAAUAACAGGAGUAACAAGCCUGUCCACAGAGCCUACUGUCAGAUUAAAGUUUUCUGUGACAAGGGAGCAGAGAGGAAGAUCAGGGAUGAAGAACGAAAACAAAGCAAAAGAAAAGGCAAGUGCACUGACCCCAGCUCCCAGAUGAAUGCCUUUCCCGAUGUCAAAAUGCCACUGCUUCCUUCCCACAAGCGGACAGACAUCACUGUCUUCAAGCCAUCCCAAGAUCUCGACACUGAGCCUAUUCUUUUUAUCCCAGACCUUCACCUAUCUGGUCUUCAGCGUGGAGCUCAUGUCCUCCCUGUUACCUCAGAGGAACUGGAGGGGGAAGGCUCUAAUAUGAAGAGGGGUCCUUAUCUAACUGAAAAUGACUUCAUUGCACCUCCCAAUAAGCUGAGCAGAAUAGAGGAACCAAAACGAGUGUUGCUGUAUGUCCGAAAGGAGUCAGAAGAAGUCUUUGAUGCACUUAUGCUAAAGACACCAUCUCUGAAAGGCCUAAUGGAAGCUAUAUCUGACAAGUAUGAUGUUCCUUUUGAUAAAAUUGGAAAAAUCUUCAAGAAAUGUAAAAAAGGAAUCCUGGUCAACAUGGAUGACAACAUUGUGAAGCACUAUUCAAAUGAAGACACCUUCCAGCUGCAGAUUGAAGAGGCUGGAGGAUCUUACAAGCUCACUCUCACUGAGAUCUAAAGUGAAAGCCAUCAAACCACUAUGGUGUUUAUAUGAAGGUCUCAGGUGAACAAUUUUCUGUAAUUUAGCCUGCAGAGUAAAACACUAAUUGCUUUCUCUAGAAGAAAUUCAAUGGGUUGAGUUCUUCCAGGGACUGGAGCAGUGUUUGUUAAACAAAGUUAAUAGUCACGUUUCUGUUCUCCCCAAAGGACAAAACAAAGCUCAUUAACUCACUGCACUUGAAAUGAGUGAACAAAGAUAUCAGGAAUUAAAUAGAUAAUAUUUAUGUACAAACAGUAGCAAAUGGAGAGGGGAAGAGAAGCCCUGAAAUAUGACCCUUUAUAGUGGUGACAUCUAACUUCUACUUAUCUAUUAAAUAUUCAUUUGAGCCUAUCAGCUAAUAGUGUCUUAUUGAGCUGCUCUCUGCUAGAUGCAUCUGCACAACUCCCAUUGGUGCUAAUGGGAGGUACAGGUGGGUAUGGGAGAUUAGACUUGAUAAUGUUUACUGCUGAACAGGGCAUGUUGAUGAAAUCACUUGUAUAAUUUUGGGGGAAUGUAAAACUGCCUUGCUCAUGAAGAACUUACCUAUGUUACUGUGUGAACUCAUUUGACAUAAAGCUGUAUUGUAUAUAAGUGCAAUAUAUUUUUGAAGGUUUGUAAAUGUGUACAUAUGAGUCAUAUAUAUAUAUAAUAUAUAUAAAAUAUGGUGUUCAUGUAUAUAAAAUGAAUAUAUGCAAUGAAGUCUCGCUAAAAGGAUUCCAUUUAUAGGCAAACAUUUAUUUAAAAACCUUGUAUGCUCCAGACCUGAGUGCAUAUGAUAUAUUUAUAGAAUGCACAGAGGUGUCUUGUUUAAACAGGAAUUUCCUAAGCAGAAGGUACAAUGCCUACUGUACUUGUAGGCUCCUUUGUACAGUGAAGUUUGGUGGGUGAGGCUUGGGUUGUAAAAGUUCUACGGUGCCUGUGUUACUUCUAUUCUGCACCUUCAGGGAGAUUUGUGUAUUCUCAGUCUUGAACCUGAGAAGUGGUGAGGGCUUGUGCUUCCAGGGCCUAAGCUACUCUCUUGAGUUUGUGAAGAAAUUGUCCUGCUUCAGGAUUUCUCACACCACCCUCUGAAAUCAGAGCUGACUACUGUCAGAGGCAAGAUACUGGACUAGAUGGGCCACUAGGCUGAUCCAAUUUUGUAUUUGCUAUGAUCCUGAGACCUUGUUCAUGCAAGUGCACAGAGAAGAAUUUCUGACUGAAAUUCGGCUGAAACUAAUAUUAUAGUUCUGCAAUUGUGCUGAGAAGUUUAAAAAGAGAAAAGUUCAGAUGAUGAUUCUCUCAAUGUAGUCUCUUGUCAUAUAUAAAACAUUUUCUAAACCCUCAGCCUGUUCCUGAAGGCAAAACCCCAGUAGGGCCAGAUAGCACAAUGCUCACAGUUCAAGAAGGUGGUAUAAAGUGAUAGGAAUGGGCCCCGUAAGCUGGCAAGCACACCAUGCUCAGUGUACGUUGUGAAGCACCAAGCCUGGAGCUGCGAGAAAAGAAACUGAGCAGCAGCAGCUGGUGACCAAAACACUUAAUUAUUUUAAUAUUACUUAUCUUCAUAUUUAAAAUUGCUGCUGUGCAUUGUCGUGGAGCUUUACUCUGACCAGCCCCCAUCAUCUAGCACAAGGCCUGCUUCUUCACAUUACUUCUCAGUGCACAAUUUGGUGCAGGGACAGGGAUCUGCUGACCUACUUAGUGCUCUGUUUUAUGAAAAUCUCUGUAUAGGUUUUUAGCAAUGAGAGUUCGGCUUUGGCAGACUGCAGACAGCCUGAAGGACUGAACCCUGAAAGAGAAACGUGUAUGCAAUGUCAUGGGCAUGUUGAUGAGACUGUACCCAGCAUAUAAGCUCUCCUAAGCACGUUCUGGUUUUAAGAAGAAAAAAAAAAGUCUUCUGUACCCCAAGUUUCUAUGAAUCUACUGCAAUUUGGGCUUUCAUUCGUGAAUUCAUGGGGGAAAUGUUACUGUGGCUAGGGAAUUGCUAUACACUCAUGUAGAAAUACAAAUAUAUAUUCAUUUGUAUUGGAAGUGGAAGUUAUAUUACAGAUAAUCAGUCUAGGGCUAAGGAAGUAGAUUUAGAUGUAGACUUUACAAUAAUGUUAUUUCUUAUUACUGUUAUUUUAAUGAAGUAUGUAAUUUAAAUUAGGGUUUGUUUUCCACUAUAAAAUACUCUGGGAGAUGGGUCUUAUAAAAAUAGCAAUAUUGUAUGUUUUAUGAAACUGAGUUUUUGGUCUUGCCCUACUGUUUUUUAAUUAUAUAAUUGAAGAUGUAUUUCAAACCAAAGCUAUUAAAUUUUAUAUGUCCAUUUCUAAUAUUGACUCUCUUACAAUUUAACAAAUUUUGGCCUUCCUUUUGCGAUGACAAACAAGCAGUUUUCAAAUAAAACACCCCCUCUCACCUUGUUUCCUGAUUUCUUUUGGUGAUAUCAGAAACCUAACAGAGGACCCUUUGGGUUGUAUCUCCUCAUAGCAAACACCAAAACUGUGUUAAUAUCAUUCAUUAAUUGGUUUCAAGCCAAUUGAUCAUGUCAGAAAGAGAGCGAGAGAGAGAGAGACAGUGUAUGUAGGCAUGUGCACACAUGCAUAUUUUGGCAGUUAUUAAGGCAAAGGAUCUUUGGUUGGUUCCAUUGAAGUUAAGGGCAAAACUCCUGUUAGUUUCAGUUGUCAGGAUUUCGCCUGUUGUUCUGAUUGAAAUUCUCCUGUAAUUCUGCUGUAACUAAUAUUAUAGUUCUGCAGUUGUACUGAGAAGUUUAAGAGAAAAGUUCAGAAG